UACAGUCUGAUUAAACUACAACCAUCUUUCAAGAACUCGUUCCCAGGAUCUUUCUCCAAGUUUUAUUAUUUUACAGGCCAGUGGAGAGAGUUAUUAGGGUUUAAUAUUUUUCAUGAAUCUAGAUUUGAAGAUUUUCAGUUCUGAGUGUUGCCCUAACAAUUGUGUUUUUCUCGAUUCUCACAUCACCAUCAGCAGAGACGAUCAGAAGAUCUAAUUUGCAUCUAAGUCUGAGUGACUGACAACACGGAUAGCAGAUUGGUGGGUUCACUUCUCUGGAGUUUGUUUCAGAUUCACACGCCGAAUAUUUCUCUUUCGCAACACCUUCAGUAGAAAAGCUAUAUAUUUUCAUAGCUUAUUUACAGGAAUUCAUUAAAUGAGGCUCUUACAGUUUGGUUUAAUACUCGCUUUAGCAUCUGGAUUUGCUGCAAUUAUCAUAUACAUUAAUGGACUUGCCAAUAUAUAUGAGAAGUCUCUGCUUUCGGAUGAAGAUUUAGGAGCAUUGGAGUCUCUACAGAGUGGCUUCCAGAAGUGUGUGAGUUCAAAUGGAUUAGGUUUACAAGCUGCACGUGGUAGAGAUUAUUGCCAAGUUACAAUAAAAUUUCCUAGUGAUACUGUCCCCAAAUGGAAAGAUCCCAAAACCGGAGAACUUGAAGGGUUAUCAUUUGAUUUUAAUCUCUGUGAAGCAGUGGCUACAUGGGAGCAGGUGCGGAAUAGUACCACAAUACUCACCAAGGAGUUUAUUGAUGCUUUACCAAAUGGAUGGACAGAUUAUGCAUGGCGUAGGAUUAAUAAGGGAAUACUCCUCAACAACUGCAAGAAUAAGACACUUUGCAUGGAGAAACUUUCUCUGGUACUCCCUGAAACACCGCCAUAUUUUCCACGGCAGUUUGAUCGAUGUGCAGUUAUUGGUAACUCGGGAGAUCUUCUGAAAACAAGGUUUGGGAAGGAAAUAGAUGGCUAUGAUGCUGUUAUUAGAGAAAACGGUGCACCAAUUGAGAACUAUACAGCGUAUGUGGGCAAGAAAAGUACAUUCCGUCUUCUUAAUAGAGGAUCUGCAAAAGCUCUUGAUAAAGUUGUAGAGUUAGAUGAAACAAGAAAGGAGGCCUUAAUCAUCAAAACGACAGUUCAUGACAUUAUGAACAAGAUGAUUCAGGAAGUUCCAAUACAUAAUCCUGUAUAUCUCAUGCUAGGUGCAUCCUUUGGGUCAGCAGCAAAAGGAACUGGGCUCAAGGCUCUUGAGUUUGCUCUGUCUAUUUGUGAAUCAGUAGAUAUGUAUGGCUUUACAGUGGAUCCGGGUUAUAAAGAAUGGACCAGAUAUUUCUCAGAAUCUCGUCAAGGGCAUACUCCUCUGCACGGCAGGGCUUACUACCAGAUGAUGGAGUGUUUGGGUCUUAUCAAAAUCCAUUCUCCUAUGCGAGCUGAUCCUAACCGGGUCGUGAAGUAUGUACCAAGUCAUAGUACAGUGACUGCUGCUAGAAUUGCAUCGGAGAAAUUGUUGAGGAGGGUCGGGGCAGGAUCUGGAGAACCACUGCAUGCAUGUUCAAUUAUUAAGAAGCAACUUCAAAGAGAGCCCAUAGGCAUUUCAAGCAUUAGAAAGGCUGCUGUUGACCAUAAAAAUUUUGUGAAAGGUGCAACUAUGUAUCCCUUGGAGCACAGUCCUGGCCAUGGCCUACUAUGCACGGUGCCCAACUGAUUGAAUCUAUGGAAGUUGGACAUGGUCCGCCUCAGGUCCCGAUAGAUUGAAUUCACAGGAAUUGAUUUCAAGGUCAAAAUACAAGGAACACUAGCCAAUGGUCAAGAAAAGAGUGCAUCAAAUUUUUGUUCAAAGUGCAUUCUUUUAUCAAACUGCUAGUUUCCCCAGUCUCAGAAGGCAAAUGAAGGUGGAGAUUAGAAGCGAAAAUUUGUUUCAAGUGUAGCUAGUCUUGUUAUAUUUGUCAGUUUCAGCAAUUUUGAAACAUAACCCUUAACCUUCAUCUGUAAGAUUCUUCCACAAUGGUUGUUAGAAUGCAACUCUUGAGAUCAACUAUUUUCUGAGGCAUAUUAUUCUUGAUUGAUUCAUGUAACUCUGGAAUAAAUUCAAUUAGGUACAGAAGAUUGGCUUAA